CUAUUGUGGUAAUUUGCAGGUUGUGUCAAAAAGUUGUUGGUCUAGAUAAAUAGCUGCAUUCUGUAUGUUUGACUCAUGUACGAUAAUUUUCUUCCAAAUGUGAUAAUUUUGAGCUUCUGGUACGAUACUUGGACAUUUCCAAUCUGGCAACACUGUGCAGAACAAAACACUGCACACUUCCUGAAAACAUCAUUCAGUCUGAGCACAGUUCCAGAGUCAGAGCAAAGAGAAUAAGUUAAGUCUACUGGGAGAAGACUGCUCAUUUAGUUUAUCAUUAGAAACAGACUUUUGCAACUGAAGAAAAAAAAAUGCCUCCACCUCUUGUAAACAAGAAACCCAGGAAUGAAUCCACCGUAAAAGACAAAACAGGCACUCUCGACGACCCUUUGAAAUUCUUGGAUCAGGACUACCAGGAGCUGCGGAAGAGCUGUAUCACCAAUAAAAAGAGAUUUGUUGAUGACAAGUUCCUUCCAGACAGCAGCUCCAUUGACCCAAAGAAGAAACUUGAACUGGAUCUGGACCAAAUCAAGUGGUUGAGGCCAUCAAAAAUAGUAGCAGACCCUCAGCUUAUUGUACAGGGGGUGUCCAGGUUUGACUAUUCCCAAGGAUCUUAUUUAGGCAACUGCUGGUUUCUUGCUUCAGUUGGGGCUUUAACAUUUAAGAAGGACGUCAUGGACCAGGUCAUGCCAGCUGACCAGUCAUUUGGCAAAGAUUAUGCAGGGAUAUUUCACUUCAGGUUCUGGCGGUUUGGGAAAUGGACUGAAGUUGUCAUUGAUGACAAACUUCCAACAAUCAAUGGCGAACUCGUUUUUGUCCUUUCAAAAACAUCUAAUGAGUUUUGGCCUGCCUUACUGGAGAAAGCUUAUGCCAAGGUGUGCGGCUCCUAUGCUGACAUGCAUGCUGGUUAUGUGUCUGAGGCUCUGCUAGACUUCACCGGUGGCAUCCAUGUGUGCUUUGAACUAGAAAAACCUGCUAUUGAUUUGUGGAGCCUGAUGGACCGUGCAGCCAAAACAAAGGCUCUGAUGGCCUGUGGCUCCCAUCAGGGGGUAACAUGCCAAGGAAAACCGGUGAGGCUGGUGAGAGUGCUGAAUCCGUGGGGAAUGGGCGAGUGGAACGGUGCCUGGAGUGACAAGUCAUCGCUGUGGAACAAAGUGAGUGAAAAGGAGCGAACCCAGUGUCGUUCUUUGGCCAAUGAUGGCGAGUUCUGGAUGUCAAUGGAGGACUUCACUAAAAACUUUGAAGAAAUUGAUAUUUGCUGCCUCAGUCCUGAUUUUCUGGACAGCUCUUCUAAAUGCAGCUGGACAACAACACGCUACAAUGGCAGUUGGGAAUCUGGGACUACAGCGGGUGGCUGCAUCAAUAAUAAAGACUCUUUCUGGACAAACCCUCAGUUUCGGGUGAGGAUUGAGGAGCUCGAUGAGGAAUGUGCUAGUGGCCAGUGUCCUGAAAACAUACUGGUGUCCCUCAUGCAGAUCCAUGAGAACAGAUACAGAAGUCUUGUUUCUAAUUACUCCAUUGGCUUCAGUGUUUAUCUGAUACCACCAGAGAUGAAAGAUGAAAAGUUUCCUGCCAAGUUCUUCUACCACAGACGUUCUGUGGAAGAUAGUGGGAACUUCAUCGAUACAAGACAUGUGAUGAAAUUCUUCAAGCUUGAACCAGGAGAGUAUCUCAUUGUACCCACUACUUUCAAUUCUAAAGAGUCUGCAAAAUUCAUGCUGUCCAUCUUCACAAAGUCUGAAUCCCACAAGAGAAAAAAGAAACCUGCAAUGACACGUGUAUGAGGUUAUAAAUAAGUGUCUUGCUCAAAUAGCAAUGUAACAGUUCAUGGUCUGUUCACCCUCAUUGGAACCUACUACCUUUACCAGUUUACCCAUCUAGAUUUUUCACCUCUGUAACCACUCAAAUGGGAUUUGGAGUAACCAAGCUGGUUAUACUCUUUUUCUUCUACAUCCCUUCUGUACUAUAUUUUGUUCAUCAGUGAGCUGUGAAAUUAAUGUUAUUAGUUACUUAGUUGCUUAUCUGUUAGGUUUUUGAUGUUCUGUCAUGCUGUAACUUUGUGUAUGGGUCAAGUCAGACAUAAAGAAACCUUGUCAACAGCCAUUUCAGUAUGUAUGUAACCAAUCAGAAGGUCAUGUUUGCAAAAUUGUA